GUUUUGAUUUACGCAAGGUCAGACCAGCUUGGAUAACGACAACAACAACAACCGAACUGAAUGUUUCAAAUAGUUAAAAUGGCCGACGUGUUUGCCAUAUCUGCGUAGACUAUGAGUUAUCUAUAUUUCUUUAUAGUGUAUCGUAAAAGUUGCGAGAUUAUAAAAAAGAAUAAAUGCUGCCGGGUGACACUAGAAUGCGUGGACACUCUAUAACUACUAAACAGUUCGAGAUAGCGAUUUGAAAUUUAGACAUUUCAAAUUUGCUAUCACCAUAUGCAAUGAACGACUUCUGUUCCGACUUGAGAGAAUGUUACAUAGUACGUUAUUUUCUUUUGUAAUGUAUUAUUUGUCGUUUGAUAGGAGUAUUGUCGGAUUGGUGGAUUUCAACAUAUGACAAAAUAUUGAACUAAGAAAACUAAUUUUACGCACGCCUAUGCAAGCCUGCUCAAUGGGAAUAUAUAAAUGUUGGAAACGACUGCGGGUGGUUUUCAGUUAUGUCGCUUGCGAUUUUCUUGAUCACAGUUCUGUUUAGUUUUUCGCAAGAAUCGGCUUUUGAUGUUAGGGUUUUACCAACCGUACAACGUUCUCUAAAAAAGUCCCUGGACUACAUCGAUCAAAAUUUAUAUCGAGUCAAUGUGGACUGCUUGCUUGGUGUUAGAUUAGCGGCAGCGUUUAUGAAAGAUGUUUAUUAUUACGGACCAAAUAAAACUAAAAACGGCUCGUUUGAAAUGCUGAUCAAAACGGAACGUAUUAUAGAGAAAGCUAGGCCAAUGUUCGAGCAAAACUCGCACAACGGCAACGACUGGAAAUUCACUCACCUGGUGAAAAAUGACAUGUGGUACAAAAAAAUUAGCUUCGGUCUCCGCAGCUUAAACUUACACCGUAUGACGUACUCAAAUCUUAGAGAAAAACUAUUGGGGAAUGUGGAAGUACUAGCGCCAAAUUCAGAUUACUGCCUAGAAGAUUUAAUAAAUGCUACGAACCCUGGCAUACCUAAAAAGUGUUGUAUUAAAAGGCAGUGCUACGACACAUAUUUUGGCGACAUAUCAGGUGUGGGAUAUACUUUGACACAUAAGCUGCUUCUUCUGCAGUUGGCUAAAAGAUUGUCGUGUAUGUCAGGAAAACUUUAUACUUUCCGCGCUACAACUAUCUGUGGGUUAAUUGUGUCAGAGGUUUACAGCAUCGACUACUACAAUAUGCUGGAUGAUACGUUCGACCUUUUCCUCGAACAAGUUCUCCUAUGUGGCUACGAAGGUUUCUUGGAAGUGUUUCAAAACAAAUGGCUCUAUUUUAUUUUAAAAUCCCAGAGAUCAGAAGGCUGUUUCUCGGCAAUCCUCACCGAUCGCCUGAAAACUCGAAUGAAAAAAGAUAUGACAUGUUUCAAAGACGGCUGCAAUGAUCACACUACAGGACUGGGAACUGCUGUUUUGGCAAUGUAUUACAAUUAUAUCGUAAAAGAAAUGUUCGCGUAG